UGGGUGGGCGUGGCGGGGGUGCGGCCGGGCCAGCGGAACGGAACGGAACGGAACGGAACGGGCCGGGCGGAGGGCGCAGCCAUGUCCUUCUGCUCCUUUUUUGGGGGAGAGGUGUUCAAGGACCACUUCCAGCCGGGUAUUUACGUGUGUGCCAAGUGUGGCCAUGAGCUCUUCUCCAGCCGGGCCAAGUACGAGCACUCGUCGCCGUGGCCGGCGUUCACCGAGACCCUGCGCGGGGACAGCGUGGCCAAACGCGAGGAGCGCCCGGGAGCCUUAAAGGUGACGUGUGGCAAGUGUGGCAACGGGCUGGGCCACGAGUUCCUCAACGAUGGGCCCAAGAGGGGCCAGUCCCGCUUCUGAAUAUUCAGCAGCUCACUGAAGUUCCUCCCGAAAGGUAAAUCUGACCUGACGGAAAAAUAAGUGAGCUGCUGCACCUGGCACUGCCCUGGGCUCAUCCUGCCUUCACUCCUUGGGAUGCGCUGUCCUGCCAAGAGGACCCACAGCAGAAGCAACCCCAAGGAAGCUCCUGCUCUGAGUUUUCCCCUGAUUUCCUGGUCACGGUUUCCCCUUGAUUUCCCUGUCAAGGUUUUAUUCCCUGAUUUCCCUGUCAGGGUUCCCCUGUUUUCCCUGGGCCAGUUCCCCUCAAUAUCUCUGUCACGGUUCUCCCCGGGUUUCUCUGUCCUGGUUCUCUCCUGGUUCCCCCAUCCCCGUUAUCCCCUGGUUCCCCUGUCCUGGUUCUCUCCUGGUUCCCCUGUCCUGGUUCUCUCCUGGUUUCUCUGUCCUGGUUCUCUCCUGGUUCCCUGGCCCAGUUCCUCCCUGGGGCUGCUCCAGCUCCAUCCAAGGAGCUGCUGUGCCUGUGCUGAGCUCAGGGAGGGUUUGCUGCUGACAGUGUCCAGAGCCCAGGCAGGCACUGGAUGCACUCCAGGGAGGCUCUGCUGGCACUUGCAGGGACUAAGGCAGGAUUAGCCCAGGCCAGGGUCAGGGUUAAUCCCUGGAGCUAUUCUGGGCUGGGAUCAUGGUAUGAACUGCCCUAUAUAAACCCUCCAGGGCGCUGGGGCAGGGAUGUUUUAUGGUCCCACAUGUUUUCUGGGCAGCAUCCAGGUGUUUUCCCCCUCUGCCCACCUCCCACACUGCAGAGACGGUUCCACACCGGGGUCCUCGACUCUGCCCUGGCCUUACACCUGAUUCAGCGCUGUGCAAUAAAUGCCAGGGGCACUUGGCUUCCUCCUGGCUGUGCCCUGAAGGGAGGGAGGCUGGAAUUGGGCCCCAGAACUGCACUUGGCACCACUCAGGCUCAGCAUUGUGGCUGUGCUGCCUCAGUGCUCCCAAGAGCUGCCACACUGAUCCUCCUCAGUUCAGUGCCUCAUUCCUGGCCUUCCCUCCCUGGCCCAGGAGCCAAAUCCUCCUCUGGAAGGGAUCCACGAGGAUCUUUAAAGAGGGAAAAGGCUGUUGCUGACCCGUGGGUUUAGAGGGGCUGUGCUGCUGGUGCAGCUGCACUUGGGGACACUUUGGGGGCUUUUCUCUCCGUGUGUUUUCCCUCAAUCCCACGGAUCCCAGGGCACCAGGGCAGGUUUGCCACCCCUGGAGCUCACUGCAGGUCUUGUACCUCUCCAUGCUGAAAUAAAGCACUGAUUCACUGUG